AUGUCAGAAAUAAAAAUUAGUAAAGAAGUAAGCGAAAUAAAAGAAAAAAUAAAAAGUUUGAACAUUGGGCAAGUUAGUGAAUUAAUAGAUGGUUUGAAAGAAGAUUAUAAUAUUCAAGAAACUGCAAUAGUUCAAUCAGCAACUGCGGCACCAGAAAACGAAAAAAGUGAAGAAAAAGGCGGUAACGUUUCGUUAAAAUUAGUAGGAAUAAAAGAAGGCUCCAACAAAGUUCUAAUCUAUAAAGAAAUUAUGAGUAUCAUUAAGGAACAAAAAGGUGAAACAAUUAACUUAAUCCAAGCUAAAAAUCUUGUUGAAAAAGAAGACAAAAUUAUUUUAGAAAAUAUUUCUCGGGCCAAAGUCGAGGAUGUCAAAAAACAAUUAGCCGAGAAAGGAGCUGAGUCUCUGUUGAUGCAAACCAAAAAACAAUUAGAGGAAUUAUCUGGCCAAGACCACCAAGAAAAAAAAGGUUUGGUGCAAAAAUUAACCAGCAAAAUUAAAUCCCUAGAACAAGAGCGGGAAAAAGACAAUUUAGUAGUUAGUUUUCAUUGCGAACAAGACCAGGAGAUAGAUUUUUGCCAUUUACCAAAAAUGAACCCACAAGGAAAUUUCAUUAUUAAUGGCCAUAAUAAAGUAGUGGUAUUUCAGUCAGUAAGAGCCCCUGCGAAAAAGCCACUGACCAUUGAGUUGAAAUUUCUUAAUUCUGGACUGGUGGUCGACCUACUAGAUGUUUUAAAAACAUUUGCGGUUUCACCCGAGCUCCUAAAAGAGUUGUUCGACGAAGAAAGUUUAGAUAUUGAUGGUUAUCAGGAGGCCAAGGAAUUAGAAAGCGGGGUCAGUUUACCCCAAUUUUUAUUUACUAACAGCAAGGGAAAUUCUUACUUUAAUAUUGGAAAAUUAGGAAGAAAAAAAUGUAAUCAAAAGAUGAGCAUUAUUGAGCAAUUAAAAGGUCAAACAUUGGCUGAGGAUUUGUGCGAUAGUGAUGGCAAGGUUCUUUUGAAAAAAAAUGCUAUUUUAGAGGAAAAAAACCUGCAAACAUUACAAAAUGUCCUGCAAAAAAAUAAAAUAGCGGGGGUAGUUGUUCCUCAUUCCACUAAUGAUUUAUAUAUUAUUAAAAUAAAGUCACCGCAAAAUAAAGAAAAAACCAUCUCGGUAGUUGGGAUUGGGGACAAUUUACCUGAAGAAAAAACUUACUUUGACCUGGCUGAUUUAAUUUGUUCGGUGUCUGGUUAUAUUAACUUACACCAGGGUUUGGGUAAUGCAGAAAAAGAGGAAGAUGAAGAUAAAUUAGAAAAUCAAAUCGUCCGUCGAGUUGGUGACUUGGUUUAUAAUAUUUUUGACAACAAGCUGGGCGGAUUUUUGCAGGAUAUCGAUAAUAAAUACUUGGCUUAUAUUUCGCAAUUAAAAAAAGUCGAUUUACUAAAAAUUCCUAAUUUAAAAGACUUUGAUAAUCUCAUCAAGCAUUUUUUUAAUACUUCGGCUUUGGCUCGCUUGCAAAACCAAAAUAAUGCUUUAUCUAUCAUUUCUGAUGGGCUAGUGUCAAGUGUUAUGGGAUUAGGAGGACGUAAUUCAGCUAAUGCAACCUUGGCGGCCCGCAAUAUUAGUUAUUCUUUCGGUGGCCGUUAUGACCCGGUAGAAACUCCCGAGGGUCAAAGAAUAGGCUUAGUUCAUAGACUAACGAUUGGAGCAAGAGUAAAUGAUUAUGGUCAAAUAAUAGUUCCUUAUUUUCCGGUUUGUAAUGGUAUAAUUACUCCUUCUUUGGUUUAUUUAACGAGUGAAGAAGAAAAGGACAAAUAUAUCGCUCAUUUUAAUAUAAAAGUUGAUGAAAAAAAUCAGAUUGUGGAAGAAACAGUGUUGGCUAUUCAUCAGGAGAGUUUUGUCCGAGUGCCCAAAGAGAAAUUAGAUUUCAUUUAUAGUUCUUUUUAUCACUUGAAUUCAGUAACCAGUGCGACUAUUCCUUUUUUUCAACAUAAUGAUGCGACCCGCAUGCUCAUGGCAGCCAAUAUGCAACGGCAAGCAGUAACUCUACUAAAAAGUCAAGAACCAUUAGUAGCCAGCGGAAUCGAAGCCAGUCUACUCAAUAAUUCACCAUUAGUGGUUAAAGCUGAGGAAAAAGGAGUAGUAGAAUAUGUCGAUAGUCGACAAAUCGUUAUUAAGGAAAAGAAUAAGGAAAAAAAAACUUAUGAAUUAGAACAAUUAGUAGUUUCGAAUAAAAAUGUUCUCAAUUUCUCUCUCCCGUUAGUGAAAAAAGGUGAUAAAGUCGAAAGUGGCCAAAUGCUAGCCUGUGGAAAUUAUGCCAAUAAUAAUGAAUUAUCAUUAGGUUAUAACUUGCGAGUGGCUUAUUUAUGUUGGAAUGGUUAUAAUUAUGAGGAUGCCAUUAUCCUCAGCGAAAGAUUAGUUAAGGAAGAUAUUCUCACUUCCUUUUUUGUUAAAAAGCAUACUAUUAUUCGUCAUAAUACUAAAUAUGGUCCAGAAGUAUUUACUUCUUCUUUUCCCUACUCCGAGAAAAAACAGUUUCCUCAACUUGAUAAAAAUGGGAUAGUCAAGAUUGGUAGCAGGGUAAAAGGUAAUGAUAUUCUAGUUGGUAAAUUAACUCCCGAGCCUAGUCCGCGUCGGGAAGCAGAAGAAGAAUUAUUACUGAUGAGUAUUUUAGGAGAAAAGGCACAAAGAUUUGUUAAUUCUUCAUUGCGUUUGCCCGCCGAGGAGUCCGGAACAGUUUACCAGGUCAAAAGAAAAAAACUUACUAAAAAUAAGAAUGAAUUAGAGUUAGUAGAAGUUUACGUAGCCCAAAAAAGGAAAAUAGAAAUUGGCGAUAAAUUAACGACCCGUUUUGGUAAUAAAGGAGUAGUUGCCAAAAUUGUUCCCGAAGCCGAUAUGCCGUUUGAUGAGGAAGGACAAACUAUUGAUAUUAUUUUCAAUCCGCUGGGCAUUCCUACCCGCAUGAAUAUUGGUCAGUUGUUGGAAACAAUAUUAGCUUCAGCGGCUCAGAAACUUGAUACUAAGCUUCUUUGCCGACCCUUCAACUCUCCCUCUCCUCAAGCAAUUAAGGAAAUCAUUCAGGAAGCCGGAAUUAAAAAUUAUGGCGCUCAAAAAUUAUUCAACGGCCAAACUGGCUCGCCUUUUCAGCAAGAUGUUUAUAACGGCUACAUAUAUACAAUUAAAUUAAAUCAUAUGGUCGCUGAUAAGUUCCACGCUCGCAAUGUCGGUCCUUAUUCACUUAUUUAUCAACAACCAGUCAAGGGACGUUCCCAAGGUG